GCUCAUCCAAGCAGUUAAACAUAAAGCAGCAGCAUCACCACAUAGGACCUCUUAACCUUUUUGAUGCGUACAACCCCAGAAGCAGCAAAUGCCUCAAGGAUGUCUAAUCAGCCAAAGCAAGCUAAAAUUACCAACAAGAUUGAUUCUGUUGAUGAUUUGAAGACAAUCAACUUCAGACACUCUGUGCCCAAGCACAGCCUUCUGCUGCUGCACUGGUUUGCCAACACAGUUAAAAUUGAGGACGAUGGCAUAUGGCUGACAUUUGAUCCAAAGAGACAAUAUGGCUCACAUGGCUACGGCAACGAGGACGGACUGUUGCCUGUGGGACGUCAGUACUAUGCUGUUGGAGACCUCAGCCGUGACAAACACGAGUUUCCGUCGUACAUGUACUACGAGCUGCGAGAGAACGUGGGAAGAAACCUGGACCGGAUCAUAUUCAGUGUGAACGAGCAUGGUGUUGAAAAUGGAGCUGGGUCGAUGGUAGAAGAAGUCUAUUUGACGCAGCAUAUGGCAAAUGAGUAUCAAGAGGCAGCAUACGAUAGAGGAAAUACAUACCUGGUGACUCCCAACCUGUUGAAACAGAUGCAACGUUUUUCUGAGCUGAAACAAUCACUAUGGAUCCUCAAUUCAGAAUUUAGAAGCAAUGCAACAGACUUCCAGCUACUUGAUUUUUAUGAACAGUGGAGCUUUCCUCAUCUUGAACUUCUGUUGUUUACAGUCACCAAGAAAACACAAUUCUUUCAGAAAGGUAAAAGAUACCGAGUGGCUGCCCAUGCAGCCACAUUUCCAGCCCUGCACACAGGGCUUGGUUUUGCUGUUGGGAUACCAGAAAACACAGAGAAUCAAGUGAACAGUGAAUGUAGAGGGAUUCCUGCAGGAGGACUUUGGGACCGGAGUCUGCAGAGAGAACCUGAGGUGAUGACUGAAACUGAAGUAAAGGGCAGAAAAGUCCCUACACCUAACGAAUGUCAGCCUACAACACAGACAGCAACACCCUCCUCCCAGACCACUAUGUAUUGUGUUGCAGUAGGCAUCCCAACAAAUCAGCAUGAUCAAAAGGAAACUGAAGCUUCGGAGAUUCUUCAAGAUCAAAGCAAUGAGGUGAUGACUGGAGCACAUGAAAAAGGUAGCAGGGCUUGGAGCAAUGUGUUCACACGUAUAAAAUGUCAGCCUGCAACACAGGCAGAAACAUCCUCAUCCCAGACCACCGUGCACAGCUCAAAAAGCAGUUAUGAGCAAAAGGGAAGUGGAGGUCCAGUGCACUCUGCAGGAGGCCUUCAGGUCCACAGUAAUGAGACAAAUGGUCAAAAGGUGGUGAUGACUGGAGGAGAGGAAAAAAACACAAUGGCUCAGAGCUACGUGUCUACACGUAACAAACGUGUAGUCACAUCUUCAGCCCAGACCACUGCACCUGUUUGUUCCGUUUGCAUACCAGAAAACAGAGAUGAUCAAGUGAUGAGUGAAGGUUCAGAGAUCGCUACAGGAGGCCUUCACGACCAGAGUAAAGAGACAAAAGCCGAGGCGAUGUCAGAAGCUGAGAAAAAGGACAGAACUGCUGGAAAAAACGUCCCCGCAGAAAACAAAUGUCAGCCUGAGACACUUGAAGCAACGUCCUGUUCCCAGAUCACUGGCUCAGAGAGGUCUACGGGAGGUCUUCAGGAUCAAAGUAAUGAGACAAGACCGGAGGUGAUGGCUGGAACACAUGAAAAAGGUAGCAGGACUUGGAGCAAUGUGCUCACACAUUUCAAAUGUCAGCCUGCAACACAAGCAGAAACAUCCUCAUCCCAGACCACCGUGGACAGCUCAAAAAACAGAUAUAAGCAAAAGGAAAGUGGAGGUCCAGUGCACUCUGCAGGAGGCCUUCAGGUCCACAGUAAUGAGACAAAUGGUCAAAAGGAGGUGAUGACUGGAGGAGAGGAAAAAAACAAAAUGGCUCAGAGCAACGUGUCUACACAUAAACGUGUAGACUCAUCCUCAUGCAAACAGCCCAGACCACUGGACCUGUUUUUUCUAACAGAAAACAGAUACGAUCAAGUGAUGGGUGAAGGUUCAGAGAGGUCUACAGGAGGUCUUCACGACCAAAGUAAAGAGACAAAACCUGAGGUGAUGACAGAAGCCGAGGAAAAAGGCAGAACUGCUGGAAAAAAUGUUGCCACAGAAAACAAAUGUCAGCCUGAGACAUUCGUAGCAACAUCACGUUCCCAGGUCACUGGCUCAGAGAGGUCUACAGGAGGUCUUCAGGAUCAAAGUAAUGGCACAAGACCUGAGGUAAUGACUGGAGCACAUGAAAAAGGUAGCAAGAUUGGAGCACAUGAAAAAGCUAGCAGGGCCUGGAGCAAUGUAUUCACACGUUUCAAAUGUCAGCCUGCAACACACGCAGAAACAUCCUCAUCCCAGACCACUGCACCUGUUUUUUCUGUUUGCAAACCAGAAAACAGAGACGAUCAAGUGAUGAGUGAAGGUUCAGAGAUCGCUACAGGAGGCCUUCACAACCAGAGUAAAGAGACAAAACCUGAGGUGAAGACAGAAGACGAGGAAAAAGGCAGAACUGCUAGAAAAAACGUCACCGCAGAAAACAAAUGUCAGCCUGAGACACUCGUAGCAACGUCCUGUUCCCAGAUCACUGGCUCAGAGAGGUCUACAGGAGGUCUUCAGGAUCAAAGUAAUGAGACAAGACCUGAGGUGAUGACUGGAGCACAUGAAAAAGAUAGCAAGACUGGAGCACAUGAAAAAGGUAGCAGGGCCUGGAGCAAUGUGUUCACACGUUUCAAAUGUCAGCCUGCAACACACGCAGAAACAUCCUCAUCCCAAAUCACCAGGCACAGCUCAAAAGGCAGAUAUAAGCAAAAGGGAAGUGGAGGUCCAGUGCACUUUGCAGGAGGUCUUCAGGUCUACAGUAAUGAGACAAAUGGUCAAAAGGAGGUGAUGACUGGAGGAGAGGAAAAAAACAAAAUGGCUCAGAGCAACAUGUCUACACGUAACAAACGUUUAGACACAUCCUCAGCCCAGACCACUGGACCUGUUUGUUCCAUUUGCAUACCAGAAAACAGAUACAAUCAAGUGAUGAGUGAAGGUUCAGAGAUCGCUACAGGAGGCCUUCACGACCAGAGUAAAGAGACAAAACCUGAGGUGAUGACAGAAGCCGAGGAAAAAGGCAGAACUGCUGGAAAAAAUGUUCCUGCAGAAAACGAAUGUCAGCCUGAGACACUCGUAGCCACACCAUGGUCCCAGGUCGAUGGCUCAGAGAGGUCUAGAGGAGGUCUUCAGGAUCAAAGUAAUGGGACAAGACCUGAGGUGAUGACUGGAGCACAUGAAAAAGGUAGCAGGACUUGGAGCAAUGUGCUCACACAUUUCAAAUGUCAGCCUGCAACAUAUGCAGAAACAUCCUCAUCCCGGACCACUGCACCUGUUUUUUCCGUUUGCAUACCAGAAAACAGAGACAAUCAAGUGAUGAGUGAAGGUUCAAAGAGGUCUAUAGGAGGUCUUCAGGAUCAAAGUAAUGAGACAAGACCUGAGGUGACGACUGGAGAACAUGAAAAACACAGGAUUGUUUGGAGCAACAUGCCCACACAUCACAAAUAUCAGCCUGAGACACACGUAGCAACGUCCUCGUCCCAGAUCACUGCUCUUGGUUGUGGUUGUGCCGUGUGCAUACCAGAGUAUGAAGUGAUGACAGAGAUAUCUACAGGAGGCCUUCAGGGCCAGAGCGAUAAGCUUAAACCCGAGGGGAUGACUGGGGCAGAUGAAAUGCACAAAGUUAUUUGGAUCAACGAAUCUCAGCCUGCAGCACACAUGGCAUCAUCCUCAUCCCAGAACGCUGCGCUUGCUGCUGGAAUUCCCCAACACACACAAAUUCCUAUGGAUGGAGAAGGUUCAGGGAUUAUUUCAGAAGAUCUUGAGGUCCUGCAGAGUGGUGACAUAAAACUCGAGGUAGUGACUGGUACAGAUGGAAAAGCCCGAAUUGUUUGGAGUAAUACUCCUAGUCAUCCUAAAAAGCAAGAUAGGAUGGUGGUGCUUUUUAAAAGCAACGAAGACAAGGAUGCCAGCAAGUCUUACGAGUUCAUAGGGUGCAGAGAAUCAGGCAGCUAUGACACCACCGUACCCCUGAAUGAAGGCCUUCAAGCCCGCAUGCUUAAUGCAAAGAAAUGGUUCUUUUUCUGGACAGGGGUGGGACAGGAAAUAUGCAGAAGCGUUGAAUUUAAGAAUCCUGAACCGGUGAAUAUAUCAGGACAUGAAGCAAAACUCCAACUCUUCGUUAGAGAUGGUAAAGCCUGUGUCCGUUUGUAUGUGAAGAAAUCAUUCAAGGCCUGGAAGUCAGAAUUUAAAGAGUCUUGGGUGGGGUUUUACAUCUUUGCAGACACAAAAAACAAAGAAUACAGGUACUGGCAGUGGCAAUGGCAGUGGGCGACUAAAUUCAAACCAUGCCAUGAUUGGGAGGACUCCACUUAUGAUGUACAUGAGUACGACUCAGGGAGGGCAAUUGCACAAGGAGUCCAAGCACGAUUCAUGCUCAGAGAUGAAGUAGUUAAAGCAAGCACUCCGAGCUGGAAGUGAUAAAACCACAGCAAACCUGGUUCUUUUAAAUAUCACUGCCAAACUACUGCUGAGUACAAGAAUCAGGUGUGAUCAGUCAUUCAGAUCUCAGCCAGGUCAGGUAUGUAACAGUAGGUAGGGCAGGAAUUAAGAAAAACCAGUGUUGUGGCCCUGGAGACCAGAUCUGGGAAACCCAGCUCUAGACAAUCUUUAUAAAAGAUUAUACUGCUGCCUGGCAGAUUAGCUUCAGCAGGUUAAACUGAGCAAUGCAGACUCUAUGCUUUAAGCUUGGCUUGAUUUAUGUAAAACUGUCAUGUUUAAAAAGGGUUUAUCAUCUAAAGCUGGUAAACAUAAAAAUAAAAAUUAUACAAUGUAAUACAAAUGUCUCAUGUCUAGAUGAAGGUCAGUCAUAUUUCUGCUAAAAUUACUGGACAUAAAUAUGUAGUAGCUAUACAUACUGUAUGCUUUGAUGUUUGUAAGUUUCAUGCUAAAACCUUAAUU